CGGAAGCAGCACAGACAGCUGCGAAAGUAAAAGUUGACGUUCUUCCUUCGGCAUAUAAAAGCGGUCUAAACGCUUUUUGUAGAUAUAAGCUAUUAAAACCACAGGGACAUUACAUCUUAUAUAAUGCUCCAGAUGGCUUUCUCCUGGUUUCGUGCAGCAGUGCCGCUUUGUUUCGCGGUUUUAUCGGUCGCUCUGGCCAUCAGCAGACAGACUCCAGCCGUUCCGUCCCUUCUGACCGCCGUCGUCGGUGUGUGCUCUCUGGCUGGGAUGGCGCUCAUUAGCUUGAAGAUAAAAGGUGAAAAUCGGACUUUAAGCAGCCUGUUGAGCCAGUAUGUGGCGGUGAAAGUUGUAGGCUGGCUGGGCAGGUGGCAGAGAAGGAAACUUGAAGCCGACACACUCAAGGUGAAGGAAGUCCAGGAGGAGACGCUGCUGAAGCGCUUGCGUAAAAACGCAAACACUUAUUAUGGAAGACAGUACGACUUCAGCUCAGUUAAAGAUAGUGAUGAAUUUCGUGCACGUCACCCUAUUACUACAUACAAGCACUAUCAAGACCUAAUCAAACGCAUCGUAGCUGGCGAAGAGAAUCUGAUCAUUGCUGAGAAGCCACAGAUUCUGGCCAUGACCUCUGGAACGUCAGGAUCCAGUGCCAUGCUGCUCAGCACCAAGAACACCAACACUGAGUUUUUCCUGCAGGGAGUGACUGUGUGUUUAGAUGCCAUGCGGCAGGCAUUCCCUGAGACCAGCAGCCUUCAGCGCACCACCAAAUUUUUUUACACUCCUACUUUUCGGCAGUCUGAGGCUGGCAUUCCCAUCGGGCCAAACUCCUCGACACCAGCCUCCUCACACCAUAUGCUAAACCUGUAUACAACUCCAGCAACUGCCUUCGAGGUUUCCAAUGAGAAGGACACCCUGUACCUGCAUCUUCUUUUUGCUCUGAAAGAUCCUAGUGUGGGAACACUGGAGUCCAACUUUGCCUCCACAGUUUUCUAUGCCUUCAGUGCCCUACAGGAGCGUUGGCAGGAACUUGUGGAGGACAUUGAACGAGGGAAAAUCAGUACUGCUCUGUCUCUGGAGCCCAAAGUAAGGGCCAGGCUUGAAGCGCUAAUGAAGCCAGACCCACAGAGGGCUGCCCAGCUCCGGGCCCACUUCCAAGACAGCUUCAGGGGGAUUGCCAAGCGCCUGUGGCCUCAUCUGCACCUGGUUCUGGCAGUGGACUCGGGUUCUAAUCAGAUCUAUGGUGAAAUGUUGAGGGAGAACUACUGCAAAGGAGUGCCUUUCUACUCACCCUUCUAUGCUGCCACUGAAGGUCUAAUCGGGGUGAACCUGUGGCCUCAGGAGUUAAACAGGCAUUACUUGCUGUGCCCUCGUUCAAUGUUCUGCGAGUUCAUCUCAGAGAGCAGCCUGGAUGAGGAGACACCUCACACUCUGUUGAUGGAGGAGGUGAAGGAGGGAGAAAACUAUGAGCUUCUUGUCACAAAUGCUUCUGGACUUUUCAGAUAUCGCAUUGGAGACAUUGUAAAAGUAGUUGGAUUUCACAACCAGUGUCCCAUCGUGGAGUUUCAGUACAGACGAGGUCAGAUGCUGAACGUUCGUGGAGAGAAAGUGUCAGAAGCGUUGUUCCUCGAUGCUUUGAAGAAAGCUGUUGCUCAGUGGCCAGGAGCUCAGCUGGUUGACUACUGCUGUGCUGAGAGUGGCAUCCUAGGAGAUUCAAUUGGUGGCUCAGACCCUCACUACCAGGUGUUUUUAGAGCUGAAAGGUGUGAGGAGACUUACAGAGGAGCAACGACAUAAGUUGGACAUUUCUCUCCAACAGGACUCAGCAGUCUACAAAUCCUUCCGUAUCAAAGGCAGCAUUGGACCAAUGAGGGUGCAGUUGGUGGCGGACGGUGCGUUUAAUGAACUUCGUAAGCGGAUGAUGGCCUACUCAAGCACCUCACCCAACACGUUCAAAAUGCACCGGGUGCUGCGCAGAAAAGAAUACGCUGAAUUCCUCUUGGGGAAGACUGUUUCCUGAAAUGACUUAGAGACUCUGUGAUGAGUGCUGAAUGAAUUUCUCUAGUUUUAGUUUAUUUAUGACCAACCUGAUGAAGUGUGCCUUUGAAAGAAAAUUGUGCAGUGAAAAAGUGUUCCGUCAGUUUUGUUCACUGAAAUCUGAGGACUCAACCAGGGUAUCAUAACAUAAACUGUAUUGAUUUUUUUUUUUUUUUAACCAACAUGGUGUUUUUGCCCAAUCUAGAAGGUUUCCAAGCAUUUCCACAGAUAAAGACUGGGACUGACUCGAGCUACGCAAAAUCUCUGAGUCAUGUUUAAAUGUAGACUUAUUAUCAAAAGGCACAUCUCCACUGCCUCAGUGGAAAAGAGGUGUGACUUAUGAAUUUGUCUCACUAGAGUUUCCUUUCUCUCCCUUGUACAUACUCAGAUGACAUUCCUAAACAAAUCUUACUUUAACUCCUUUUAAUGUUUUUCAAGUCAGUUAAAUAAAAUAAUAUCUAGUAAA